AUGGCGCCUUCGAAAUACCUCAUCCGAACACUCUCGAAACCGACCAAAGUCGACGAAAGUCUCUGGGAGAAAUGGUACACAGAAGAACACACUCCCGAUGCAGUGAAUAGCGGCGUAGGCGAUCGUGGUGCGUUUUUCAGAGCCCACAACGAGUUCUCUCUGCAAACGAAGACGCCACUUGAAUCUGGCGAGACGAAACUCCAUGGCGCUCAACUCUCGCACUUCAACGAACUCCCCGCGGACAAGACCUUCUGCGCCGUCUAUCAAACGAAGUUCGAGAACUACACUGAAAGCGAGGAGAUCAAGAAGACGGCAAAGACGAGUGAGAUGUUCGGUGGCAAAGAGUUCUUCCCGCUUGCCGAGUGGGAUGUCAGAGUCUACGAGUUGAUUCAAGAUUAUAAUCCUGACAAUCUGCCUGACACUGCACCUCCCUUCACCCUUCACGUGCAAAACGAGCCCGCCUCCGACGCCGACUACCACGACUUCUACGAAAACGAACAUCUCGAUCUGCUACACAAAGUCCCCGGCUACCGACGCUCGCAGCGCUACAAGCUCGUGCACAACAUCAUGGGCGCUCCGGAAGGCACGCCGCGGUUUCUGGUGAUCCAUGAAUGGGACCAUUUGGAUGCGCUGGAUGGGCCGGAGUUGAGGGCCGCGGAUUCGAGCCCGAAUGUGCAUCGCGUGUUUGGGACGGCGAAGGCGGUGAAUGUUAGAGGAUUCAGGAAGGUUUAUGAUCAGGGCUACGAGGAGUAA